AUGUAUACGGGACAAUGUAAAAUGUCGGAUUAUUACGGUGAAAUAGAACAUUCCGAUAAAAAACCGUUAUUGGUUAACGUUUAUAACGAAUUUCACGAAUCCGCGACACCUUUAGAUAAUACGGAAUACGAAACAAAAUUCAUUCCACCGAUAAACAUGUAUCAAAAUUAUCAAAUAAAAAAACAGGAAACAAAUCCGGGAGGAGGAGGAGGAGGACACAUAACGGAAAUCAAUUACGAUAAUAUUAAUCAAAUAAUCGGUAAAUCACACGAUGAAAAUGUCGUCGUGAAAACAUUCGAUUCAAAAUAUGUCGAAAAUGAUAAAAUAAUAAUAACAAAAUGUGAAAAUAUAAUAACCGAUACGUCAAAUACUACGACGGCAGAAUCAUCAUUAUCAUCGACGUCGUCGACGUCAUCAACGUCCGCCGUCGAAAACGAUUGUAAUAAGAGUUAUUAUAAAUUAUCGGUAUCAUCGGCAACGUCGCAAUCAUCACGCCACCUACCCGAUAAUACAGGAAGUGACGUAAUAAUAAAAAAAUCACCGAAACCGUUACAAUCGAACGAUUCGAAUAUAUUAUUAUACGCUUCGUCGAAAUACGAUGAUUUCUACGGGGAUAAUCGGAAAAUGGAAAAUAAUGAUGAAAAAUUAAGGUUUAAUUACGAUAAUAAUAAUCCGAUUAAUAAUUGUGAUGAUGAUGAUAAUGAUAAUAAUGAUAGUAAUAAUAGUAAUAAUAAUUUAAUAAAAAACAAAAAGAAAAAACGAUGUUUUACGGAUUCGAAAAUAUCUGACGAUUAUCCGAAAUUUAAAUUUGAAACGACGAAAAGAGUUAGAGGACAACAAAAUAAUAAUAAUAAUAAUAAUAGCGAGACGAACGGAAGCAGUAGAAAAAUAAAUAACGGUAAACCGAGGCGAAAAGUACCGCAAAGUUACGAAGAAUUACAAAAUCAAAGAGUCAUGGCGAACGUUCGAGAACGUCAAAGAACUCAAAGUUUAAACGAAGCUUUUACGAGUUUGAGAAAAAUAAUACCGACUUUGCCAUCGGAUAAAUUAUCAAAAAUUCAAACGUUAAAAUUAGCAUCCAGGUACAUAGAUUUCCUUUAUCAGGUACUUAAUUAUGGAAAUUCUGGAGUUUCCGAAGGUGAAGAUUCAUCGAACGAAAAUAAUUAUAGUAGUAAAGUUGGUAAUAAUAAUUUGGGGGGCUGUAGUUAUGUUGCACACGAAAGGCUUAGUUACGCAUUUAGCGUCUGGAGAAUGGAUGGAGAUUGGGGAGGAGGACAUUCCUAUUCGUCACCUAAAUAA